UUGAACUUUGAUCUUGGGCCACUAGAUGGCCAGAAAGCGUUCUACUAGAAAACCCAGUAACCGAAUUUCGAAUAUACACACACUGCGUAAUUCUUAGUCGGAUAGGCGAUAAACGUCAAGCAUGUGUAUCCAAUUUAUUUUGGUUUUGUAUGGACGAGUUGCAACGUGCUCGUUCGUUUAAAAAGCGAAACGAUGGUUUUGUCAACAAAGGAAAUACUUGGAUCCUGCGCAAACUGAUAUACGUCGAGAUUCCUGCGCUUCAGUGGACGUCGCCGGAAAUCCCCGCGAAAUGCUUUUGGAGUAACAAAGAGCAGGUUAACGAUCAAAGGAAAUUCGUGGGCCUUUUGAAUUAAAGGGAAUCAAUUCGAGAAACAUGGGAGCGAAAGAUGAUUGCUAUUUCGUAUUGGAACGAAUUAAUGUGCCUGGCGUGAUUAUUCUCGAUAAACCCGACCACACAUACACUUGUGGCAGAGCCAAGGAAAAUCAGAUAGUAUGCAUUAGUCUGGCCGUCUCAAGGCGUCAUUGCAUAUUUUUUCAUAGGAAAAAUGAAUUAUAUGUUACCGAUUUAAAGAGUUCCAACGGUGUGUUUAUAAAUGGAGUCCCACAGCAACCGUACCAAACGACCAAGUUAAAUCCAAACGAUGUCAUUGGAGUGGGUUGUUCUGGUUUUGAUAAUAUGGAUGAAACCAUGUUUGCAUAUAAAUUACAUUUAAUUGCGCAACCACAAAUAGUAGUGCAAAGCCUUGCAGAACCAUCCUUGAAUCAUAAAACUGCAUCUUCAAAAUGUAUAACGAACGAUAAAUCCGAUCAUGCCAUUAAACGUAAGAGGGAACAAAAAAAUUGUGAUACGAAUGUUGUUCCAAAUAAGAUACCGAAACUGCUGGAUCGUUUAGAAUCUUGUUCAAAAGAAGCAUCUUUAAAAGAACACAGCAAUGCGGUGGACGAUAAUGAUCUUGAAAUAGUUCACGUUUCAUUUAACAAUAAUGUGUUGGAAUCUGAUAGACUCGUAAAUUCAAUGAAUUCCCAGUUGAGUAAUACGAGCAGCGGUAGUAAGGAAAAGCAAAAUGCUCUUAGUAGUUGUAAAGAUACGGAUCAAAGUAGCAAGAACACCUUUCAGAAUGUAGCCAAAUCUAUGGAAAGCAAUUUAUUGAAUAAUAAAAAUAAAGAGAAUCUAGCAAAUAGCCGUAAUUGUUGCAAUGUGCAGUCCGAACACAGAAUAGGAGAUACUAGUACAAAAGCAGUAAGCAUAGAAAAUAGAAAUUAUGACUCGAAAGUAAACUUAAAGACUUCUGAAAGUGAGAAGACUGAAACGUUAUCUCCUAAAGUUCCUUCAAGUUUUGUAAUUACUGGUGAUAACGCAAUAAAAAUGGAAGAAGAAUUACAAUUGACAGAUGUAGAUGAAAGUAUAUUUUGGAAUUCCUCGAAUGAUGUACCGCUUGAAUCUCCAAUCAAACUGAAAAAAAUACAACAUGUACCGAAAACGAAAUUUUCCGAGGAGGACGUUGUGAAAUUAAGCGACAGCGAAGACGAUGUUUUCCCGUGCUCUCAGUUAUUUGACAUUAGAUUUGGCAUGAACGCGUCGGUUAAACACGAGAUCAAAGAAGAAGCCGUAGAAAUUGAAAACGAGAGAUUCAGUAUGCUCGACGAUGAAGAUUUAAUCGUUUCUUUGUCCGACAGCGACGACGAAGACAAAAAUUGGUUACGUAGAUUAUCUCGUAGUCAAACGCUCAACGAAGAUGAAUUUAAUAGGGAAGUGAAAGACGACAGUAUAAAGAAGGAGGAUGCGGAUGUACAGAUUAUUGAUCUUGAAGAUCUCUGUAGCGGAUCGGAUAUGUCUGCAGAUAAAUCACGAUCGAGUAUAAACGAGAAGAUCAAAGCAGAAAAGGAAACGAAAGAAGACAAGUUUGCCCGGGAAAAAGAUGAAGAGACUUCCUUGCAAAGUACGAGGAGUGCAAACGAAAUGGACGUAACGAGCACUCGUCUGAGAAAGUUAGAAGUCGAGUCCAGGGAUCGUGUCGCGGACACGUUAAACAAAUCAAUCGACGGUAAUGCAAUUAACCGUGAGAGCGCGACAUGUUCGGAGCCAGCCGAAAAGAAAAAUUUCAGUUCGAGUAAGCAUGGAAUCGUGGGUCGUGAUCCUUUAAUAGGCCAUUCAACGGAAUCUGCUACAGUUGGCUUAAAGAAGAAGUCUCCCGAGAAAAGGAUAACUCAGAUAGAACCGUUGCAUUUGGCUAGCAGAAGAAGAAACGCCAUGGGUGGCACUAGUAAAAUUAUACAGGCUUCCGAGAGACCUGCGAAACAAAAAUUAUCUACUAUAGAGAAAAAAGAAUUGAGAGAUAAGGCUAAAAUAGAAGAAUAUAUGCACGCUAAAGAGCAGAAGAACCGAAAAGUGCUCAACAAAUGGGCAGGCUGCCUUCCGCCGACUAAGAAGAAGAUGGUUAGUCCGCUUACCAAGGAGGAGAAGAAAGCAUUGGCGGACAGUAGGAAGCAAAGGUUAAAGAAACUCGCCAUGGAGGAAAAGCAAUCGUCCUCGGAGAGCAAUCGGGAGAAGAAGCGUAUCGCUAACAAACCGAAGGCAAAAGUGUCUAUGAAGACGCGAAACGAUUUGCUGAUAGAAGCCGCACUUUCCGCAGCGAAACCGGAGGAAACGAAGGAGAAGUCGAAAACUUGCAACGAUCCUACGGUAGCAAAUAAUAGUUCGAGUCCGAAAACACUUAAAGAUGCAAGUAAAAGUACGAGCAAAGAUCUAUCGACGCACCUGCAAAACUCGUUGAAUCUCAACAGUGUUGGCAAGAUACCGAAAAAAAGCAGCGUCGCUAAAGCUACCGCGAAUGUUCCAGUUCAGGAAGCCCUGGAAGAUCGAACGUUGGCGAGGAUAAUGAAAGACGUAUUGGAUAUUAGUCCGAAGGAAUCAGAAGCGAGAAAUAAAUCAAAACCAGAAACGACUGCACCUGCACUGCCACCGCAGAACCGUCCCCUCCCCACCGUUACCUCAACGACAAGCAUAAAAUCCCCGGGUAAAAGAUUAAAGAAGCGCGUGUCCUUUUCCGCGGUGAUCAAGACUGUACGCGAGUAUCAAAUCGAGGAGACGAAUGUUCUGAAGAAACUCGUGGGCAAAGAUGCACCCCUCCCUACGAGAGUGAUGAAACAAGUAACGGAAACCGACAAGACGAACCAAUUUUUGUUACGUAUCUUCUCGUGGAAUCCAGUUUGGCUAGAGGAGCAACAGUAUUUAAACACGAUAGCGCCCGUCGUCGCGGACGAGGAGCUCCACGUGACGCUCACGCAUUACAAAUCCUACGAGGAAUACUACAGAAUCAUGGCGCCUCUUUUAUUGCUAGAAAUUUGGCAUGGAAUAACGAAAGAAUUUCAGGCUAUCGAUCAAAAUCGCAGACGACCCACGCUUAUGUGUUCCAUCGUUGAGAACUCGAUUCAAAUGAGUAUGCCUUCGCCGAAUGUAUCUUUGACGACCUUGAUGCUCGAGGUACUAGUCACGAGGGAGGAUCUGCAGAAACAGGCGUAUCCUAAUUACGGGGACUUGGUGUUUUUCGAGUAUACCAGAAAUCAAGACAAGGGGCAAACGUUUCACAAAGUGUUCGCGUACGUGAACGACGUUCACCAGACCGUGCUGACGGAAUGGACCCAUUACAACAAGGAGCUGAAGAACUAUGUGAAAAAGCCGCACGUCUUAAUAACGUACACCAUGUUAACGAAGGCUUUGGAACCGAACGUUCUGGUAAAUCGAGUGAAGCGAAUGAGAAGCGUGACCUAUCUACGCUCGACGUUGCGGUUGGUGCAGGCCUUGGAAUACCUUCCCAAGUCGCCGGUGAUGAGCUUGAUCUUAAGCCCGAAGAUCGAACAGUACCGUUUGCCGAACGUGUCGACGUCGGAACAGUUAAUCACCAAAGACAAAUUGAAUCCGAAACAGUUGGAGGCCGUGUUCAAAGUGACCGAGACCAUAGUACAAAAACAGUCGAAGCUGUGCUUCAUUCAAGGUCCACCGGGUACCGGAAAGUCUAAGGUCAUCGCGAAUAUAGUGAGCCAAGUGCUCUACGGGAACAAUAGGUACACGAGUAGCGGGAGUUCGUUGAAGAUACUAGUCUGUGCUCCGUCGAACGCCGCCAUCGACGAGAUCACUUUAAGACUGCUGCAGAUCAGGUCCACCAUAAGCCACAAACGAUUCCGAAUGGUUCGAAUCGGUCGGUCGGAGGUGAUGCAUCCCGUCGUGAAGGACAUCUCUGUCGCCGAGCUGGCCAAGCGAGACAUGAAGAAGACCACGACUAACUCGAUGAGCAUUCCGCUGGAAAGCGUGGAGGAGGAGAAGAGUCUGUUGGAGUCGAAGAUGAACGCGCUGAAAUGCGAGAUCGCGAGUACACAGAAGAUGGACGAGGCUUACAAGAAAUACCUGAGAAUGAAACUGGCGGACAUGGCCACCAAGUACGAGCUGCUGAAGAACCGCAGGCCCUUGAACGAAAUGAACUCGAAGGAGUUCGCGAGGAUACAGCGGGCCGCUGAGAACAGAAUCCUGGCUUACGCGGAUAUCAUCACUUGCACCCUGUCCUCCUGUUACAACAAGCAAAUGGAGUCUCUGUUCGUUACCAGUAAGAAAGGAAUAUCGGUGUGCAUCGUGGACGAGGCGACGCAGAGCACCGAAGCGGAGAGCCUGAUACCGUUGAUGCUGGGCGUGAACACGCUGGUGUUGGUAGGCGAUCCGAAUCAGCUACCCGCCACAGUGAUAAGUCCACAGGCGAAGAGGUUCGGACUGGAUCAGUCGAUCUUCUCCCGGGUCCAAAACGCCUUCGAGUUCACUCCGAACAACCCGAUCAUCAUGCUGGACACUCAGUACAGGAUGCCACGCGAUAUCUCCUCUUGGCCGAAUAAAUUCUUCUACGCCGGCAAACUGAAGACCGCGAUACCGCGGAACGAGGAGUUUCCGUUUCACUCGUACAGAAUUUUCAAUCUGAAUACAAGCCAGAACAACGAUAACUUUUCGAAUACCGACGAAGCACAGUUCAUAGCCAAUAUGAUAUACUCGAUGUUGACCUACGCCAAUCUGGAGAAGUGGGAGUCUAUUACAUUUGGUAUUCUCACGCCGUACAACAAUCAGAAAACUGUGAUACAACAUAAAAUUAACGAGAAGAUUUCGUCACGGCCGGAGAAUUUUCGUAAAAAGAUGAAGUUCGAAGUAAAUACGGUCGAUGGGUUUCAAGGACAGGAACGCGACGUGAUAAUCAUGUCCUGCGUACGAAGCCACAAGAUCGGAUUCCUAUCCGACAGGCAAAGACUUUGCGUUGCCCUGACCAGGGCGAAACACAGUCUGAUAAUCUGCGGUAACUUUGGUGUCUUCAAUAAGGAUAUCAUGUGGAAUUCCUUGCUGUCGGACGCAAAAUCACGUAAAAUAUAUUUUAAUGUUAACGCUCGAGCGGAACCUCAGGAAAUACGACAACACGUUGUUAAGAAACCUAGUUUUUAAUACCUUCUUUUGUAUAUUUCCAAGCCGUACGUUAUUAAGUACGUUUCUUGUUCUCUUGUGAAAACUCUGUAUUGUAGAUUAUCAUUUCCUUUUCUAUGAUAUUGCUUUUUUAAAAAAAGAAAAUUAAUUUUUAUAAGAAAAUGGAGUAAACAUUGU